GAUAAAUCUCACCUAAAGGCGGUACGGGAUAGCCAAACCAAGUAGGUUCGAAGAAAUUAACUUGCUUUGUUUUACGUUUGUUGCUUUGUUGAUGUAUGUUUACUUACAUUAAGAUUUAAGAGGACAAUUUCUUCUUCAACGCUUUUCAUUAUUCAUCAUCAUCCUCUUAUGUCGGCAUUAUUACGCCACUAAAAUUCAACCCCAUUUCUUGAUCCAAACAAACAAAUCACCCUCCACCAAUUCAAUCUUUUAUCUGACAAUUCAAUUUCAGAAAGCGAUUAUUGUAAAAUCCUUCGCCUUUUUUUUCCUUUAUGUUAAUUAUAAUCUUGCAAUACAACUCAUGUUCUUCUGUAUAUCUAAAUUUUUAAUUAUUUGUUUUUAGUCCUUGUAUCUGACGCUCUUUGCGUGUGUAUGAAUUCAUUUGAUAUUGAUCAAAUUUAGGUAACAGCUUUGAUUUACGUUUUUAGAAUUAGGGUUAGGGUUUUUGUUUGCUUAUUAGUGUUAUUCGUUGAAUUUAAUUUGAUAUCAUUCGUCAUCCUUCUGAUAAUUGGCACAAUUACUCAUAUGUGUAAAUUGUAUAGUAUACAUGUUCUGAGAAUUCGGUGUCCUUGAUCCUUUAGUGUUGAUGUUUGGACUCCAUAGCAGAACAUAAAUAUCGUCUAUUGGGUAAUAAUGUCAGAAAUUUCAUUAUUAUUGGGGUUUAUUUGGUUAAGAAAAAAAAAGGGAUAUUGACCUUAUUAAUCUGCUCUUUAGGAUUGUAGAGUUCUUAUUUUGGAUCCAAAUGUUACUAAUUACCUAUGAUUUCAAGUAAAAUAGGAUUAUCCCAACGCGAACUUUUUGAUUCGACUGAGUUCAGUAUGGACUUACACUUUUAAUGCCUGAAUUUUGUGAUUUGGGAUCCAAUUCAUCAGUGCACUUCAUAUCAAGAUGCGUUUGGGCCAUUAUAGCUGUCAAUUUGUCAUCAGUGGCUAUUCAAGGUUAACUUCUGUGUACUUCAUAUUGAGCUGAGGUUUAGCAGUGCCGUAAUAGUUUGAUGGUUGUUUUAGGGUUGAAUCUAGUACAAGUUUAAGGUUGAGCAUUGUUAUGAUGCUAUUUGAUACGAGUUGAAUCUAGUACAAGCUGAAGUUGAGCAUUGUUAUGAUGCUAUUUGAUACGAGUUGAAUCUAGUACAAGUUGAAGGUUGAGCAUUGUUAUGAUAGCUAUUUGAUACUCAAGUGUAUAUUUGAACUCUCGUUUUAUAUGAUGCUAAUCCGUGUGUCAUUUUUGGUAUGAUUGCCUUUUCUUUUUUAAAGACCUAUUGUAAGCGUGAACCUUUUGAACUAGUUGUUUUGUGUGCGGUAAUACAUGUAUUUACUGAACUUAUAGUCUAUAUUUUUGCUUUGAAAAACAUAAGAAUCUGAAUUUAAUGCAUCUGAAUAUCUCCGUACAUUUGUUCUGCAGUAUUAACUGCGGUUUUGUGUACCAGUGACUUUUGGAAUCAAGGGAUUUCACCGUCCAGGCUAUCUUUCACCCAGACUUGUAGAUUGCAUAAAAUAUUUUACAGUUUGGAGCAUUCCUUGAGGAAUUUCCUUUCUUUCACUUUGUAGAAAAAAAAGAUUACAUACUGUAGACUUGGUAAAAUCAAUUACUAUCAAACAUUCGAGAUACAGUUCAGAAAAUUCCAUCUCAAAUCCUUUUCUGGUAAGUGUCUUUUGUGGUUGAAUAUUAUAUCAAACAGUUCUAUGUGUUGCCUAUUGAGUUGUAAUUGUAUAUUACCUUGCUUGGAUUGGGAUCCAUUGCUGCAUUUUGUUGCUACGGUGGGUGGCAUUCAGAUUUGUAUUUAUAGAAAAUAGCUGUAAUGUUUAGAAGUAUGUUUGUUAUUUGUGUUCUUAUAGUUGAAUCUCCUGUUUUCUUUUCCAUAAACUUCGACUUCAUAUGCAUUUUUAGUAUGUGUGCUGCCUUUCUUACCUUAUUGGACCAUGUCAGUAUGGUUUUCGAUUGUAUACAAACUUCUGAACUGUCAGCUAUGUAUUGAUACUCUGUUAUUUGUGUAGGAUUUGUUUCUGGGCUUGGGUUUAUUUUAAAAUUAAUGUUGUCUAGUGUCAACCCAUGAUGAAGUUUUAAUUUUCCGUUCACUUAUCCUAUGUUGAGGAUAUGAAAUGGGUUGGUGAGGUGAAUUGAAGGAACCAAGAUGAUCUCUAAUUGUCCAUUUCCUUGUAUUGUAUACCUUAGCAUCGUAUGAUGGCUGCCAUGAUUUUGGAGUUUACUAGUUCAUCUAAUGAAGAGUUUUUUUUGAGUAAACUGGUGUGGACUUUUUCUGAGGACACAAACUAGACAAAGUAUCAGGCUAUCAGCUAUUUCGAGCAUCAUAUUUUUUGCUUGAUGGCUCUUGUAUGAGUGGUACUCAUCAAUUUGCUAUGGUCUCGGUUCCAUUUGGUGGCCUUGGUUAUAUAGCAAUUUGAUUGGGGUUAGGUGACAUGGGUCGUAUACUUUUUUUAAGUGUUUGUAUGUAGGUUGUUUGAAAAGUUCUCUCUUGAAUUUGAUCAACAAAUAUGAAUGAAAUAAAUUUUUAUUGGGGAUAUUCUUAUUAAGCUUGCCUACUAUGCAAUAGUGUAGUGUACUUGGUGGAUUGUUCUGAAUUUAUUUGGCUAUCACACUUCAUUUGUGCUUCAUUUAGACACACUACUUAUCUCUUGGGCCUUGGACACCGUGGUCGAUCUAUUAUUCCCUUCAUCUCAUUAGUUGCUACGUAGGGUUUUAUGCUACUCACUCCGUCCCAAAUAGUUGUUACAUAUUACUUCUUGGGCCGUCCCAAAUCAGUUGCAAACAUUUCCUUUUAAUAGGAAAGAUGGCCCAAAAUACGUAGCUACUAGUUUCGAGACAGAAGGACUACAUUUCUUGUAGCAUUGUUGGUUGUUUUGGCACUGCUUUUAAAAAUUGUGUACAUUAUAGUUGUUUGUUGAUUUGAUGAGUUGACGAAUUGUUGUUUUAGCUACUAUUGUUUUUUCUGGGGUUUAAGCUGCUUGUUGGAACUUUGUGAGGAUUGAUGAGCGUCUUGUAGCUUAAUCCAACAUAAACUAAACCUGAGAGGAUUAAUAAGGAUUGGGGAUUAGAACUACCUUUUCAUUCUUUGUAGUUGUUCACCUGCCAGUUUUGGUAGGUAUUAUUUACGUUUUGCAUCUACUAUAAUUAUUGUUUUUUUCUUUUGAGGACUCAAUGUUGGCAGUUGCAAACAAUGUGUCUUGGAACUGAUAUUACAUGCUCUUUUUAGUUUUUACUAGCUCAUAAGGUAUCAACGCUUCUGGAUUUCCUGCAAGUCAAUUUAUUAAGCUUUGAUUUUAGGCUACAUAAAUUUGUUAUAGAUCACUUCAUCUAUCCCUAUUUCUGGAUUCCUCUUCAUGCUAGUAUAUUUCAUGAUCAUUCUGACGUAGCCGUGCUAUGUCUAUCAUGUUUGAUAGUGGCCUUCCCUCUUGGAUUUUGACUUUCUUUUGUUUUUAUAUAUUUUUUAGUGUUGAGUUGAAACUUGCUUUUGUUGGAUUAAGAAUUUGGCAUUGUUUUGUUGAGUUGAAGCUUGCAAUUUAGGAACCUGUCAUGUACUUUUGUUGCUUAUUUUGGUUCCCGUUUUCGAAAUUGUGAAGGUCUUGGGAUAUGUCUGCCCUUCUCAAGAUCUAUUUUCCCUUAAAACUUUCUCUGAUUGCCUUAGUUUUAGAAAAAAAAUUCUGAUGAGUUCUUCUGAGCGACUUCAGUGCAUACAAGAUGGAUGGUAAGAAAAGAAGCAUGACCCUGGAUGCAGAUUUGUGUGAUGUGCAAAAGGAAUGGGAUGAGGCUUUGUGCUCCAUCUGCAUGGAGCAUCCCCAUAAUGCUGUUCUUCUUCUGUGUACCUCUCAUUCCAAAGGAUGUAGAUCUUAUAUCUGUGAUACAAGUUACAGACACUCAAAUUGCCUGGACCGGUUUAGGAAACUUAAGACAGAGUCCAACUCUAAUUCACCUGAUGAGACACCUGUUCCUGAAAAUCUGCAGGGUUCAAGCCUUGUUUCUGACUCUCAAAUAACUCUACAGUUUGGGAAUGAGCUACCUGCGGUUAAUAUGUCUCACACCAGGGGUGAUAGAAUCGUGUCAACUCGAAGGUCAAAUGAUGCUGCUGAGUAUGACAAUGAACAUGAAGCAUUGGAAAGACAAACCUUUGAAUCUUUGAGGGAUGGGUCAGAACAGGAAGAGGUGGGGAAAAAGUCGAGCUUGAAAUGCCCACUAUGUAGGGGAGAUGUGUUAGGUUGGACAGUUGUAGAAGAAGCACGAAAUCAUUUAAAUUUGAAGCCUCGGAGUUGUACUCGAGAAUCAUGCUCAUUUGUUGGUAACUACCGUGAGUUGCGACGACAUGCAAGGUGUAAUCACCCAAGAGUACGACCAGCUGAAGUUGACCCAUCAAGACAACGAGCCUGGAGACGCUUUGAACAUCAGAGAGAACAUGAUGACAUUGUUAGUGCCAUCCGAUCAGCAAUGCCAGGGGCUAUUGUGUUUGGUGAUUAUGUGAUAGAUUACAGUGAUAGACCGCUUGAACGAGAGAGGACAACCUCAGAUUCUAGUGGGCGGCUGUUUACUACCUUGUUUUUCUUUCAGAUGCUUGGAUCUAUGCAAUCAUUGGCUGGAUCAAGGUCUCGUUCUAGGCCAUGGACAAGGUAUAGACGCCAGUCAGGGGGUUCAUCACGACAAAGGUACCUUUGGGGUGAGAACCUUUUGGGCAUACAUGAUGAAGAUGGGGAUGGUGAUGAUAGCUUCACAGAGGACGACGAGAUGAAUAUAUUUGCAGAUGAGUCAGAACAAGGCACGUCUUCCACUCGAAGACAACGACGGCGUUUGUCUCAAUCUGGUUUUAGGAGAGAUCGGUUGUAGAAUUCCAUACAUGAUUUGGGCUUUCGUCUACCACCGAAAAGAUAAGUGGCCAUUACUCUCAAUUGUAUCAUCUUCAAAUAGCAUUGGGACAGAAGGUGGCAUUUACAAUAAAGAUGCUAGAAGUUAUUGGGUUUGUAUUAGUUCUGCUGUGUGCAGUUCUUUGUAUGUUCAUUUUUUUAAUAUUAGUUAGUUAGUUGUAGAGAGUUCAAUUCGAGUCUCUUGUAAAAUUAGGUUUCUCAGCUCAAAACAUUUCAAAUUCUAAUUUUAUUCACGCAUGUAUAUAGUACGCAUAUUUCUUUAAGAAAACAGUUGCUUUAUUUUCUCUGAA